AUGGCUGACACUCCGAAGGAGGGAAAACUAACCAGGUUUGUGAACUUCACCCAGCUGAUCGACAUGGCAUCUGAGUCUGUAGGAGGAAAGAUUUUAUUUUCGACAGAUGACUUUUUUGCUCCUGCAGAAAACCUCAUAAAGAGUGACAGCCCAAGCUUUAAAGAACAUGAGUACACUGAGUUUGGAAAGUGGAUGGAUGGAUGGGAGACCAGGAGGAGAAGGAUUCCAGGUCACGACUGGUGCAUCAUCAAGCUGGGGAUACAAGGGAUUAUCCGGGGCUUCGACGUAGACAUCUCCUACUUCACAGGAAACUAUGCUCCUCAAAUGUCAAUUCAAGCAGCGAACUUGGAUGAAGAUAAACUACCCGAAAUCCCGCAGAGAGGAGUGAGGAUGGGAGCUGCAGCCACAGCUGAGGAGUUUGAAGCCAUUGCUGAGCUAAAAUCCAACGACUGGAAUUACUUGGUUCCCAUGACAGAGCUUAAGCCAGAAAGACCUGCUUCCAGCCACAACUAUUUUCUUGUCAAUUCCCAGCAGAGAUGGACUCAUGUAAGACUCAACAUUUUCCCAGAUGGUGGGAUUGCACGUCUCAGAGUGUAUGGUACUGGACAAAAGGACUGGAUUGCAGCUGACCCCAAAAAGCCUGUAGACCUAGUGGGCAUUGCUUUUGGGGGUGUCUGUGUAGGAUUUAGUAAUGCCCAUGUAGGGCACCCAAACAAUAUAAUAGGAGUUGGCAGGGCAAAGUCCAUGGCAGAUGGCUGGGAAACCGCAAGAAGGCUGGACAGGCCACCAAUCGUGGAACAUGAUGAGACUGGCGUUCUUCUGGGUUCGGGUUGUGAAUGGGCAGUUUUCCGACUGGCACACCCUGGAGUCAUAACUCAAAUUGAAAUCGAUACAAAAUAUUUUAAAGGUAAUUCUCCUGACACUUGUAAACUGGAUGGCUGUGUCCUGACAACUCAGGAAGAAGAAGAUAUGAUCAACAAAAAGUGGAAUCUUGCGGCCCAUAGGUGGAAACCGCUGCUCCCCGUCACCAAGCUCUCUCCCAACCAAAGCCACUCGUUUGACAGCCUAACCCUGGAGCUACAGGAUGUCAUCACGCACGCGAAGCUCACCAUUGCCCCCGACGGGGGUGUGAGCCGCCUCCGGCUCAAGGGCUUCCCCAGCUCCAUCUGCCUCCUGUGGCCCCGGGAGAGGCCCAUGAAGACGUUCUCGGUGAAAGCCCACUUCCAGGCCAACCUCUAG